UGGGACUCUCGCCGCCGAAACCCGCGUGGUCGUUUUCUCGUGCUUUUUUUCGCCGCGCGCACCCGCGGUGCGCGCGGUGUCCGAUGUCGGCGCGGGCGGCUUGGGAUGCUGCGGAGCCGCACUUUGGGCGCCAGCCCGAGCAGCAGCCGCGGCAGGCUGCGCAGCGAUGACGCCUCCAGCCGGCUGCAUGUGAACAAUAGCUUGGUCGUCUCGGGCGUAUCAGGUUCGCGAAGCCCGUCCUCCUCCCCGGUGACGGAGCUGCCGGCCAUCGACUUCCGGGGCUCGGGGAGCCCCAAGCCGCGGAAGCCGCCCAGCGGCGUGAGCCACUUCCCGCUGGUCCCCAGGCGCGCGCCGGCGGGCGCUGCGACUGUGGCGGAGUCGCCCUCGAGCUCAGGGCUCAGCCUGGGGCUCCAUGGCAGGCGUGUCUCCAGCGGGCGUUCAGAGGCUGCCAGCUUCCCCCACGAGAUCCUCGCAAGAGGGGAGCGGGCCCAGCGGAAGUUCCGCGAGGCCUUGCAGAAGGGCAAAGCACAGCCCAGGACGCUGAAGGUGAUGUUUGUGGGCUGUGGCCGAGCAGGCAAGACCUCCACGUUGAAGGCUCUCUGCAACGACGCCUUCGACGCCUCAGAGGCCUCCACCCACGGCGUGGCCACCGCGGUGUGCACCACCGAGCGGCGCUUUGAGACCAGCCAAUCCCCCACCCGGGAGUGGCGACGCAUGAGGCGCUUGCCCACCUCGGACUUCGACUCGGUGGUGGCCAGACACGUGGCCCAGGAGCUCAGGCGCUCCGUCUCCGAGGACGAGCCGGAGCCGGCGCGCCCGGAGCGGCUGCCCGGAGAGCGAGCGGAAGCGCCGGCUGGGUGGAGUUCCGUGGCCACCGAGGAGGCUGAAGGGCGCUUCAAGAUGCCGGUGGACUUGGUCAUCAAGCACAUGUCCGAGGGGGGCAUGGAAGACGUGAUCACCCUACAGACCUUCGACUUUGCCGGGCAGGAGGAGUAUCAUAUGCUGCAUCACCUCUUCAUGAGCAACAAGGGCUUGUACCUCAUUGUCUUCGACCUGAGUCACUGGCUGGAGGAAGAUGAGGAUAAAUUGGACAAGAUGGCGGAGGAGUGCCUCGCUUUUUGGAUCUGCUCCGUCCAUUGCCACGCCCCUGAGAGCCGCAUGCUGGUGGUGGGCACUCAUAUGGACCAGCUGGGCGCUCGCAAGAGCCAAGUGCUCAAGGCGGUGGACGCGCGGCUCCAGCAUUUGCUUGAACGGAAUGAGGCACUGAAUGAGCAGAUUGUGGUGAACCCCUCGGAAGAGCUCUGCUUCUUCCCGGUGGACAACCGCAGAAGCACUCGCGGCACCGGCGCAAAGGAGAAGGGGGUGGAGCAGCUGAGGGCCAAGGUGGAUGAGACCGCCUCAGACAUCUGCACCGGCGGAUUUCUGUCAAAGCCCUUGCCACUCUACUGGCUGAGAUACCAGAAAGAGAUGAUCCGCCUGGGCAAGCUGGGCCCGGAGUGCUACUGGGGCGCGGAAGAUGGCGCGCGACCUGCAGGCACGCAGGUCUUGCCCUUUUCGGAGGCGGCGAAGCUGGCCCGGGCGGUCGGGAUCCAUGAUGACGGCGAGCUGCUGUCGGUGCUCAUAUACUUGCACGACACAGGCUCCAUCAUCUUCUUCGACGAAGACAAGCUCCGAGACUCUGUGGUGCUGGAUCCCUACUGGCUCGCGGAGGCCGCGGCCAACAUCUUCAACUGCCCGCGGGUGGUCCAGGGCCGCGUGGCCUCCGCCAGGCGGCUGCUGGAGCGGGGAGAGCUGCAUCUGGACUUGCUACAGCAGCACCUCUGGAAAUCUGAAAGGUUUGCGGAGCACAUCCCGACGCUCAUCAACCUCAUGCUUCGCUUUGACCUCCUGGUCUCCUCCUCCGAGAAGGACGUCUACGUGGUGCCCUUUCUGCUGCCUUUGAAGAGCGGUGCCUACGAUCCCCCGGGCGAGGGAUCUUUGUCCUUCGACUUCCACGGGAUGCUCUCCAGGCUGCUGCCCACGGUCUUCCCGCGGCUCAUCGCGUCGGCGGCGAAGAGCCCCUCCAUGAAGCUCACGCACUCCCAGGUCUACAAGGACAGCUGCACCAUCUUUCUGGGCACGCGGCGCAUCGCCUUCGAGCUCUUGCCCCCGGGGCGCCCGGAGAUGAUCGCCGUGCGCCGCCUCGCCGGCACCGAGGAUGCGCCGGAUGACCUGCAACUGCCCUUGGACCUCGCCAAGCAGGUGGUGAACCUCGUCCAUGAAAGCACCUCGGAGUGGCUGCCGCACCUGUCCUUCACUGCAGGAGUCCUGUGUCCGCACUGCCACCACUCCGGCACCCCUCACGUCAUCGACGUGUCGGAGCUGUCGGAGGUGGUGGUCUGCAAGAACACCCACGAGCCCGUCGCGCUUGAGAAGGCCGGCUGGGCCUUCCAAUGGCGGCAGGAGGCUCUGCAAGAGGAUGCCGUGCCGCCGGCCUUGUCACAAGACCUCGCCCCGGAGAGGCGGCCCUCCCUGCCGGGCAUCGAGCGGCGCACCGUUCCCAUCCCCAGUAUGGAGCACAGCCCCUCUUCUCAGUCAUUGAAGGAAAGCCCAAGACGAGAGGUAGGUUUGCUCUACUUCCUCUACGCCUCGCCCCUGACCACGGACACGCUGGACAUCCGGCAAGAGCUGCAGUUGCUCAGGGAAUCCCUGCGGAGCUGCGACGAGUUCAAGGUGGAGCUGGACGUGCGCUUGGGGCAGUCGAGCACCUUGCUGGAGCUCAUGGCGCAGGGGGAUCCCGCCUGGCCCAACGCCCCCGUCUUCCUCCACUGCGCCAUGCACGCGGGUUACGCCAGCGGGGGCCAAAGUAUGGAGCCCUUCCUCCUCUUAGAGGACGAGGCCGGGGGCCCGCAGCCGCUGCCCCGCUGGCGCCUGCUGCAGUGGCUGCGCCAGACACGCCCAGGCACGCGGAUCCCCAUCAGCUGCGUGUUCCUGAACUGCUGCGACUCCGAGGGCGUAGCAGGCGCCUUCAUGGAGGCCGGGGUGGCCCACGUGGUGUGCUGCCGCGGCCGCGUCUUCGACGGCGCCUGCAAGACCUUCACCAAGGCCUUCUAUCGAUCGCUGGCCACUGGCCGACAGGUCUUCAGCGCCUUCGAGUACGCCCGGGAGUGCGUGGCCUGCGCGCCCCAGGCGGGGCUCAGGGCGGAGGCGCAGAAGUUCCUGCUGCUGCCCAGGCAGGAGGAUGUGCUCAAGUACCCGGGCCUUUCGGUGGCGCCCAUGGCGCGGCACUACAGCGCCACCAUCUCCUCCCUCACCGCCCGGAAGGUGCCGGAUGAGCUGGAGGUGGGAAACGCCGCGGAAGCCAUGAAGUGGAUGGGCAUGGGCGACGUGAAGCGGGUGCUGCCAGGACGUCACCAGCAUUUCUUGGGGCGUGCGCAGGAGAUGGUGGAGAUGGCUCGGCACCUGACGCGGGGCGGCGGCGAGCGCGCGGCCCGGGUGGUGAACCUGUGGGGCAAGGCGCCGGGCCUGGGGAAGACGGCCAUGCUGGCCGAGUUCACCCGGUUCUGCAUGUACCCAGGCCGGGUCUUCGAGGGCGCGGCCAUUUGGGUGCCGCUGCCGGCGCCGGAGGUGAUGCCAGGGCCCCUGCCUUUGAGCCGCGCCGUCUCGGGCACGGACGCCUCCCAGCGGGGCGACCUCUUCCUCCAGGAGGUGUCCUCUGCAGUGAGCGAUUUCCUGGAACAGGUGCACGGGCGACAGUCGGCCCUGGACUCUGCGGAGGCCCUCAUCUUCGCCUUGCGCAGCCUGGAGCGCGGGAGCUUCUCCGCCGGAGCCGGAGCCGGCGAGCGGGGCGGCCGCGUGCUGCUGGUGCUGGACGGAAUCGAGAACUGGGUGGACAGCAGCGCGGUGAGGACGCUGCUGGGGGACAUCCUCCAGGCGACGGAGCGCCUGUGCAUUGUCUUCGGCAGCCGCAUCCAUGUGCAAAGCUCCUUGGGCGGGCUGAAGACGGACAACUUGGAGCUGAAGCCUUUGCAGCCCAAAGACGCGGCGCAGCUCUUUCUCUUUCGAGUGCAUCGGCAUCUCUACUGGAAGGACCUGUGGCGAAGCAAGGAGGAGUGGAUGCAGAAGGCGCAGGAGUGGUACGGUGACAAGAUCUAUAGCAAGGUGGCCGACGCGUCACUUCUGGAGACGGGGGAGGUGCCCAUCGCCAUGGAGCGCGAGAAGCGAGAGGAGGUGCUCAAGGCUCUGGCGGAGAUGCCACUCCUCAGCGAGUUCUGCCAAGGUGUGCCCUUGCGCAUCCAGCAGACGGCGGAGCGGGUGACCAACUCGCUGCCGUGUCUUUGGGACCUGCUGUCGACGCUGCGCAGCGAGCGCGCGAAGGGGCAGCAGCAGAUCCAGCAGCGCUUGAAAGCGGCGCUCUGUCCGGGCGGCCCAAAGCGGCGCUCCAUCGGCGGCGCUUGGCAGCUGGGGAAGGUCAUCGGCCAGGGUGCCCAGGGAGUGGUGUACCACGCCCUGGACUCCGCCUCAGGGGAGAGCUUCGCGGUGAAGGUGCUGGAGGAGUCCCGGGAGCUGCACCAGGAGCUGGAGCUUCUGCAGUCACUCGCUCACGACCACAUCGUGAGCUACUUGGGCCACGAGAUUCACGAUCGGCAGCUCUACAUCUUUCUGGAGUACAUGCCGGAAGGCACGUUGAAGGACAAGAUCGAGGAGUUCGGCGCGUUUCAAGAGGAUCUCUGCGCGGCCUUGGGCCAGCAAGUGCUGCAGGGCCUGGACUACCUGCACGAGCAGCGGGUAAUGCACCGAGAUCUCAAGUGCAGCAACCUGCUCCUCGAUGUCUCCGGACGCGUUAAGAUCUCAGACUUCGGCUGCUCGAGGUGGAUCGCCAAGGAGGAUUUGGCCAAGUCCCUGGUGGGGAGCCCUUUCUGGCUGCCUCCGGAGCUCCUGAUCGGCGCCUUCUACGACCAAAGCGCCGAUAUUUGGUCCUUCGGCUGCUCGUUGGUGGAGCUCCUGACUGGGAAGCGGCCCUGGAUGAAGCAGGUGACGGCGGACAACCCUCUGGCGGCCGCCCACCAGAUCCGGCAGCUCACGGAGCGCGGGGAGCGCCCGCAGCUGGAUCGGGAAGUCUCGGAGCAGUGCCAAGCCUUCCUCGGCUGCUGCUUGAAGACCGCGGCGCCGGAGCGCCACACCGCCAAGCAGCUGCUGGAGCACAAAUGGCUCGUCAAGUGAGGAGUUGGACCAGCGCAGGCGCAGUCGCUCGUUCUCGCCGACCUGAGAGCGAUACAUUUUUUCUCUCUCCUGUUUCACACCUUUGGAGUGGGACCAGUCAUUGAACCCGGA